AUGUUACCACCACCAUCAACAUCAUCCUCGCCAUUUGUUGGUGGUACCAGCAACAACACAACAUCAUCCUCCUCCUCUAUAAUGAUUCAACAACAUAAUCCCUAUAAACUUCCACAAACACCCUCCUCCCAACAAAAUCACCAACAAGCCUUUGAAUCACAUAUAUUUUCUCCCUUUUCAAACUUUACGAUGGGAUCUCCUUGUACAUCCUCUCCACCCUCCUCUUUAGAAUCAUCAUCACAUAGUCCACCUCUACAUUGGCAUUCCACUCCAAGCAGCGAACAGAGUUGUCAUAGUAAUUCAUCUGCUUUUCAACACUUGGAAUUUUCCUUUAAAAAACCAACUGAAAUAAGCAGUGUAAUCAAGUCGAAUCAAUCUUCAAGAAGAAGAAGUAAUCAUCACUCGAUAUUUACUCCAUCACCUCCACAAUUGGUACAACAGAAUGGAUUAGCAUUUAGCUCAACGCCCAUUCGACCAGUUUCAUCCAAUUUGCAAUCUGUAUCUCCAACUCUGUAUUCCACACCAUUCACACCUGAUAUUUCCCGUAUUAAUAAUUUUGUACCUUCCUCCAAUCAAUCAAUCUCUUCCUCUGCUGGUUUAAGUAGUAUUAGUAGCAAUGGAAGCAGUUAUCAUGCAAAUCGUCUAGGUAGUGCUCUAUCUAAUAAGAGUUUCAAUUUUUCAACACCUCAAUUAUAUACUAAGGAAAAUCAAUUGAGAAAUGUUACCACAGCUGAUAGAUCACCAACACGUAAGAGCGAUCAUAAUAUGAACAUUUUCAUGAAUGAUUCUGAUGAAGAGGGUGAGAAACCUCCACCAAGUGCUCCUAAAAAACACAACCCAACAAAGAAACUUGGAAGAAGAGGUUCUUCCUCAGUGUACAAAAACCUGUUUGAAUGUGCCUUUGAUGUUACAACACAACAAGAACAAUUGGAUGAAAACCUUGACGAUUCACACUUUAGUAUUGCCUCAAUGUUUUUAGAGACACCUUCUCCUUCCACGCCACUUUCUCUCAAUCAAUCAAAUAAUAACUGUCCCUCCACUGUAAAGAGUUUUAAACUUCCUUCCACGAUCAAAGCUAACUUUAAUCACAUUACACCAAUAAGCUCAUCAAAAUCUACGACCAUUGUUGGUCCAACAAUCCUAGAGAGUGAUAAUUCUGAUGAUGAAUUUAUGAAUGGAUUUUCUUUAAUGAGGCCACCUCCACCAAGAUCAACAAAGAGUCAAAUAUUCAAUGAUUUUACGCUGGGAAUGUGUGAAGAUUCAUCUGAUUUAUUUGAUGAUAAUAGUUUACAAGAUUUGAAUAUUCAUUCUUCUUCAUCCUCAUUUGAUAAAUCUCCAACAAGUCAAGAGGAUGAAGUAAUGAAUGAUAUUAACUUUUUUGAGAGUCCUUCCCUUGAGAGUAAGAAACGAAAAGCACUGAGAAGUCCUUCAUUUCACAGAUAUAGAUCAUGUGAAGAUUUAGAAAACGAUCCAGGAGUCAAGUAUGAUGUUGGAAAUUCUGCUGAUAGUUUUUUCUUUAAUCCAAAAGCAAAACUGAAAACUAAAUAA